CAGCCCAGCCUCGUUUGCGCCGAGUGUCGUGCGCUAUCCCGGUCUUCGCUGCGUUUGUGCGCCGUCGCUCCUUCCUGCCCGUCCGUGAGCCCGUGAGCCCGUGGAGCGUUUGUGCUGCUAUUGUCUUUCAUUCUGGCGCCCAUUGUCCCUUGUCGCCGUCGCUCCUUCAGGUGAAAGCGGCUUAUUGGCUGCCACCCGCCCCCAACCACCCCUUUCGGCUUCCUGGCCUCGUGUCGCCUUAUGCUGCCGUCAGCUUUGCCAUAGACACCCGUCCUUGUUACUGCGACUUACCGCGACUCUUUGCGCACCAUGCCACGCCAAAUUGGAGGAGUCAGGGGCGGCCUAACGCUGGAGAAGCUGGCUUCAUACGACGACGUGAUUACUGACGCGCUGGUCGACAAGGUCUACUACUGGACCACCAUUCGCAAGAACCAUGGCGGGCGCUUCGCUGCGUCUCGAGGCAUGCAUGAGGAGGACAUCGCGGAUCGCGUGCGGAGGUACGCCAUCUGGGAGAAGGACUGCGCCGAGGCCGUCCUGGAGUUGCUCAAAUUGCCCGGCUUGCGCAAGUUCAUGGCCAACAUGAAGGACGAGAAAGACCAGGACCAGUUCAAGCGACACCUGAAGAGAUACGUCAACAUCUACCUGCCGGAUUGCCCGUUCGAAGUCACUACGACCAACCGCUACAUGAUCACCGAGCACGAGGCCUCCAUCACCGCCCGAAGAAACAUCAACCCGCGCGAGGAGAUCAAGUAUCUCACGGGCGUCCAGGUCGCCAUGACCGAAGAGCAGGAGCAGAGGCUGGAACUGGCGCGCAAAGACUUCAGUCUCGUCAUCUCCAGCCGGAAGAAGACGCGCUCGCUGUUUCUGGGGCCCGCGCGCUUCGCCAAUCACGACUGCGACGCGAACGCACGCCUCUCAACCAAGGGCUACGAUGGGAUGCAGAUUGUCGCCGCAAAGCCAAUCAAAGCAGGCGACGAGAUCACAGUGUCGUAUGGCGAAGACUAUUUUGGCGAGAACAACGAAGAGUGUCUGUGCAAAACGUGCGAGGAGCGAGGCGUUAAUGGCUGGGCGCCAAUGAAGCGGAUAGAAGACAGUGAAGACGAAGAAGAAGAGGACGAACCACAGGAGCAGAGCAAGAAGCGCAAGUCAGAAUCAGAGGAGCCAGCCCCGCGAAAGAAAGGCCGGUUCAUGAAGAGGUCGCCUCAGCCGAAACAGCGCGCUUCUGAACAUUUACGAGAGGCGACGUUGAGAAAGGCGCACAGCACAUCGUCUCUACCUGUCAGCAGCAUCGAGGAAUCAGAAUCGACGUCUCCGAUUGUUGCGCGCGACAUGCACAACUUGCAGCACGACGGUCUUCUUACGCCGCUCACGAUGAGUAUGGAUGAAACCAGCUCGUCGCGCGGCACGAGCCCCUUGUCGCAGGUACAAUCACCCAAGUCUGCACAUUCGACUGACGCGACCUCCAUCGAUGAUGAGCAUUCACCGGAAACGCUACCGAAGAUCAAAAUCGAAGCCGAAGUCCUGAUCGAGAAUCCUACGCUAGGCGUAGCCACGCUCAAAACGCAAUCCACCACGACAACGGUAAACGCCCCGUUGCCCUCCCUUCUUUUCCCCGACGACGAUAGCACGUCAGAACUCAGCGAACUGUCAGACAGCUUAGAGUUUGACAGCGAGCAUGAGCAAAUCAUCAAACGCAAAUACUACCCAACACUACGCACAACACGUUCAAAAUCUAACAACGACUAUCAGAAUCGCAUCGGCACGCCUAUCGAACUCACAGCCGAGGAUGUGCCGGAGGGGUGGGUCCAGAACAAGCGCAAGCCUGGCGAUUACAUGACAAGCAGCGCAUGUCUCUCGGCAAAGUACAGCAAAUGGGUUGAAUGCCAGACGUGCGACGACAUGUUCGUCCAAGCUGACAGCUACAACACCCGCAAAGAGUGCCCGCGGUGCGAGCGCCACUCGAAGCUGUACGGUUUCAGGUGGCCAAAGACAGAAAAAGAAGGCAAGCACGACAAAGAAGAGCGCGUUCUCGACCACCGCACUGUCAACCGUUUCGUCGACCCGGAGGAGGAGCGCGAGCUCAAACACAGCAAGUCGAGGACGAUGCUGAAGAAGAGCAUCAUGCAGCGCUAUUCGACACCCAGGAGUCAGCGCAGCAGCAUGAGCACAAGCGUGGAUGUGGACACGCCACCAAAGAGGAGGACAAAAGCCAGGAAGACCAUGUAACUUUCACAUUCAACGACGUGACGGCGGGAGGAAUUGGAACGUGGCCACGAAUCGUUCUUGACUACUAUGGCGCACGACACGGGGGCAGCAUAUAAAGACGGCGCAAGGAGUAUCUACACACAUAUUGAUUUAACGCUGGAUAUGGUUCUUGAGAUGCGCUUCGGCGCCUUUGUCGGUAUUGCGCGUUGGCCUGGAAAGGGCACGCAAGUAGAUUCCAUCGAUGUACAGUAUUAUUCGGAUCUUUAAAAGUAGAUAAUAUGAGCGUGAACCACUGUCCCUUCGACGCAGUGGACUGUUUUCUGUGUCUGCCGUAUCCAGGGUUCCCCGGAUUUCUUGGCACUCCCGCGGAC